GUGAGUCUAUGUGAGAUCGCCAAGCGGAAGUCCUCUCUCUUUUCGGUGGCGGAUCGGAGAGGUGGCUGUAUGAGAAAAUGAAGCUCAAUAUCUCCUUCCCGGCUACAGGCUGUCAGAAACUCAUCGAAGUCGAUGAUGAACGCAAACUGCGCAUCUUCUACGAGAAACGCAUGGCUGCUGAGCUGGCCGCCGACUCCUUGGGCGACGAGUGGAAGGGCUACUAUGUCAGAAUCAGCGGAGGCAAUGACAAGCAGGGCUUUCCUAUGAAGCAAGGUGUUCUGACUCAUGGACGCGUACGUCUGCUUCUCAGUAAAGGUCACUCCUGCUACCGCCCCAGGAGGACUGGAGAACGCAAGCGCAAGUCUGUCCGCGGGUGCAUUGUUGAUGGCAAUUUGAGUGUGCUGAAUUUGGUCAUUAUCAAGAAAGGUGAGAAGGAUAUCCCUGGACUCACCGACAGCACAGUCCCUCGUCGAUUGGGGCCCAAGAGGGCUAGCAAAAUCCGCAAGCUCUUCAAUCUGUCCAAGGAAGAUGAUGUUCGUCAGUAUGUUGUGAGGAGACCACUCACUAAAGAAGGGAAGAAGCCUAGAAGCAAAGCCCCCAAGAUCCAGCGACUGGUGACCCCCAGGGUUCUGCAACACAAACGCAGGCGCAUUGCCCUGAAGAAGCAACGAACCCGGAAGAAUAAGGACGAAGCAGCUGAGUAUGCCAAGCUGCUGGCCAAGAGAAUGAAGGAGGCAAAGGAGAAGCGGCAAGAGCAGAUCGCCAAGAGGCGUCGUCUGUCUUCACUCAGAGCUUCUACAUCCAAAUCAGAGUCCAGCCAGAAAUAGUCAGUUUUAAGUACGUAGAAAUAAAGGCUUUCCUGAAGUGC